AUGCAGUUCUUGGGAAGUUUAAAAAUAAUGAAGUGGAGGCAGCUUUUCUGGAUCGCGGUCUGCGUGGUGGAGUUGUCUGGCAACGCAUCAGGGAGCGCGACGGACACCCCCGCACCCACGGCCACCGCCGCGGCAACGAAAGGCACCAGCAGUGCCGCAGCCACCGGAGCCACCAGCAGUGCCAAGCCAACGCCAGAGACGUUCGCUGCGACUGGGUCCCUGGAAGCCAACCCCACCUCCCCGGGGCUCAGCACCGAGCCGUCGAGCCCCCAGCCCAGCCGGGGNCCCACGCAGCCCCCGGGCACCCCCUCGGAGCCACACCACUCCAGCCGAGGGGUCCCCACAACCGAGAGCCCCCCGACGCGACCCAGCACCAUGGCAGAAACCCUGGGGUCCACGCCGGCUCUGACAAGCUCUCCUGCCACCUCCGAGCAUCCUCGCGUCUCGGCUGCCACCACGCCACAGCACACGGGCCAGGACAGCCCGAAGCCCAUCACGUGCCACAAUGUCAAAGAAGUGAGCGACACUGGAGCCAUCUGCUUGCAGCUCAACGAAUCCAACACUUGCAAACAUUUUUUAGAGAUGAAGGGAUCGGACUUAUGGAGUGCAAUAUGUGAAGAGAGCGCCCACCGCGUCCCCUCCCCCUGCCAGAUUAAACUCGCUAAAUCCGAGGUGGACCGCGACUGCAUGCUGCUCAUCCUCGUUGGCGAGAGAGAUCCUGCUACAGACAUGCUCCAGGAGUCUCACUGGGAAAAGUUUGGAAUAAAAUCCCUUAAACGGGGGAGCGUGAGGAACCAUCAGGACUUUUCCCAGAAGACCCUGAUCGCCUUGGUCACAUCUGGACUCCUGCUGGCGUUCCUGGGCUUGGCCGGAUACUUCCUGAUGAAGCGACGGAGCUGGAGCCCGGCGGGAGAGCGGCUGGCUGAAGACCCGUAUUACACGGAAAACGGCAGCCAGGCAAACACGAUGUUGAUGAUGCCCCCCCAAGAGCAACCGGAGCUGCAGGAGAAGCCAAACCUCAACGGUGGGACUCAGGAGAACGGGACUGGCCAAGCGUCCUCCAAAAACGGCCACUCGGGCAGGCAGCACAGCCCCGCCGACACCGAAAUGUGA